ACUUCUUGAACCACAACCAUGAUUACAAUAAUAAUAAUUAUAAUAAUAAUUAUAAUAAUUAUAAUAUUAGACCAGGAAUUUGGAAGUUCCCUUAAUUAUUUUUUUCUUCCUUUUAAUACUUCCUCUGAAAAGCUUUAUAAAAAUAUAUAUAUUUGUGGACACCAACACAGGACCCAAGACAGGAAGCUGGAGAAUGUUGCUAUCAGCUCUUAUCAUCGGUCUUCUCGCUCCUCUUAUCACCUGUCUCACCACACCGGCAGGUCCAGUGGCUCUCAAAACUGUUUUGCCAGCAAGUCCCCCAUUCGUAGAAAUGAAACGACCAGGAAUUCCAGCUAUGAAAGUCAUGGCGGGAGUGUGGGGAAGAAAUAUAACUAUGUCAUGUGAAGAGGAUAACACUGACAGCCUCCCUGCUAAAAAGUCUGUCUGCUGGUCAUACAAGGGCAAGGAAAUCUACUGCUCUGAGAAAGCAGACCUAACCUCCAGGUUGACAAAUAGGCUUAUCUAUGGAAAGAUACCGCCAUCAAGUUUAACCAUUAAUAUUUACAGGACGAUGAUGCUGGAAUUUACAUGUGCUGCUCUGAUGAAUACCGAUGUGUAAAAAUCUCACUGGUGGUAAAGAACGUUUCUAUCUCUCAGCCAGUGGCGAGCAUAAACACUGAGUUGCUAGUGCUGGCUGGCACUCGUGUCCAACUGACAUGCCAUUCCUCCUCCGGCUCCAUGCCAAUCCAGUACCACUGGUACCAUCAGGACCCCUCUUUGGGCACCUACAGCAUGGUGAAUUCUGAUGCCACCCUGGUGUUUGAUCCCUGCAAAGCGGAGAAUUCGGGACAAUACCAAUGCUCCGCCUCAAACUUAAUUAGCAAUCAAACGAGCAACGUGCUUAACUUCACUGUAGAGGAAUAUCUCUCGAUUCCCUAUGUGGAUGCCGACCCCGAGGAGCUGUUUGUAUUUGAAGGACAGGCCGUUACCCUGUGGUGCAAGGUGACUGCCGGCUCCCCGCCCAUCAUCUGGACCUGGCACAGAGUCAAAGAGAAUCGCCUGGAGAUAGUCAGCAGCCAGCAAGAGCUGAAACUGGACAGGGUGCAGGACAGCGGACCGUAUUACUGUCAAGCCAAUAACAGCUUGAGGGGCAUGGCGCAAGGACAAACCAGCGAGAGACACGGCGUCCACAUUGUACCCAAACCAGUGGAGUUUGCUUUGGCAGAAGCAGCCUUGGCUCUCGUUCUGCUCUGCUGUGUGACGGCCUUAAUCUUGGUUAUUGUCUGGCUUCUUAUCCGGAAGAAGAAAGCAGCCUUGAGCAAACCUCUAGAUGGCACGCAGCAUCCUGUUUCAGCAAAAGCUCAGAAAAAGAACUAUGGGCCUCAAGUCAUGGCAGGAAGGAAAAACGGGUAAAGAGAUUGUCCUCUUCCAUUAUUAUCAUUGCAAUCCGUUAAUAAAUAUUCAAUCAUACAGUAG